AAGAAGACACUGCACGACUGGAUGAGGUGCAACACGGCGCUAAGGGCGAAAUGUUUGGACCAAAAUACAGCAAACGCUAGUGACAGGUCAGUUCUAAAGGCGCUGGCUGAGUGUUCGUAAGCAAAACUCGGAAGAGCAAUGCAAAGCAAACAGGCAGCGACACAACAGCAACAGUAAACAGUGAACAGUGGCAAAGCCAAGCAGUUGCAACAGCAGUAAAACGGUAGCGAAAUAUUGAGACGGUCGUUGCGCUUGCAAAAUACUACAGUCCGCGCUAGUACGCGAUGUUAUAUCGGCGAGCAACAACGUCGCGAUGCUGUGCGUUGCGCCCGAAAGCAAGGGAAAUUUAUUUAAAGUCAAUAAAUUGUAUUAAUUUAAAAGCAAUUUGUGCAAGUAAAAUGUAGGCGAAGUAAAUAAGAGUGCGUGCAGCUGUCGUUGACAAAUUACAAUAUAUAUAUAUAUACAAUGAUAUAAAAAUUAAACAAGAAGGUGUAGCAAAAGAGUGCAAAUUGCUGACAUAUCCUUGUGUUGUUUGAAAUUGUCGAGUUGGGAAUUUGGUGUGCGCACUUUUGAAUCUUUUCUCCAUCCUUCCGUUGUUGGCUCAAGGCGACCAGCUGUAAAGCGGUUAAAUACAAUCAAAAGUUUAAGGCUGCUGGCCUGUACUGGUGUUUUUGUGUGGGUGUGAGUAUAGCGUCGGCAUUAGUCCACACAAUCAAUAACAACAAAUUAUUUGAGAUUUUGCCAAGGGUGUGAACGUGCAAAUGCGAAAGCAAACAAAAAGCGUGUCAGAUAAAGGCAGUGAAAAACAAAAGGCACUUGGCGUGUUAAAAGCUUGUAGUUUGGGCUACGAAUACCAAGCGAAUAUUUUGGCAAUGAAGAAGAAGAAAAGUGAAAAAUAAAACGUGUAGUAAAAGAGGAGUCAAUAAUAAUUAGCAAAGCAGAAAAUGUUUCACUUAUAUUGAGUGCGCACAAAUCGGCUUAAAAAGAUUAAAACUGGCAUAUAUGUAUGUAAAUACAGUUAUAUGUAUGUAAUUAAAGAUAGUGUGCGCGUGCCAAUGGUUGUGUGGGUGCGAGAACCCAUUAAAUAAAAACAAAUUGUCAAUUUCUAGUGAAAUAUUUACGAGUGUUUAAGUGAUUAAGUCAACAAAAACAACAACAACAAUAAUAACAAAAUCAACAAUAAUAAUAAAAACAAUAAUAACAAAAAACAACAAUAAAAACAUUAAUAUAGUAAACAUUAAGUCAGCAACAACAACAAUUAUAAGAAAAACAUCAACAACAACAAUUGAGUUGCCGACGCCGGUCUGAACGGAAGUAAGCCACUCCAUAUAUGCGCAUUCAUACCAGUUUGCACUCACAUACAUACAAAUAUAUGCGUGCUUGACUCAGUGUGUGUGUGUACGGUGCGUUAAACUCCAUCACCGACACCACCACAGGCUCGGCCAGUGUGUUGUUGUGCCAAUUUAAUUAGCAAAAGUGUGUGCUGCGGUGCUCAGGAGUGGCAGCCAGUGUGGCAGACGUUGUGGCAAACAACAACAAAAAUAACAACAAUAGCAAAAAAUGAAAUAGCGUUUCUUUAGCGCGGCAUUAAAAGCGCAAAGUUGAAAUCGUUGACGCUGAAACAGCAGCAGCAGCGACGGCGGCAGCUGUUGCCGGUAGUUAAAAGUUGCAAGUUUUCACGUGUUUUAGUGUGCGUGCUUGUAUGUAAAAAGUGCAAAAGGCCUGCGAAAUGUAGCUGAAAAAAGUGGCGCGCAUAGAAAGCAUAACAACAGCAACACAGCGUCACUGCAACAAAAAACUACUCUACUUACGCUCCAAAGCAACGGCGUGGAGUUGCAAUUUGUGGAAGCAGAAGUGAAUCGCCACCACAAACGCCUUUCAAUUAAAGCGAACGAAGUAAAAUAAAUAUAAAUAACGGUACAAUUGAAAAAGAGCGAAAGCAAAAUAGAUAGUAGAUAACAUUGAUGCAAGUGUUCUUUUCAAUCUCUCCGCACAGUUGACAAUUAGCCGAGUUACGCUGCCGUGACAUGCUGAUGCGUCCAAUGCGGCAAUGCAACGAGGAGCGACCGUGCUAAUCGGGAGUGCACAAGGUAAGGUGGAUUCGAGUAUCUGCCGCUACUUUAAAAGUGUAAAAGACAACAAACAAAGCAACACAGGAUUGAGAGAAAAUAUAAAGCUAGUUGCAAUGCAAAUAAGCGAAGGCGAACUCAAAUAAACGAGUGAAAAUAAAAAGCAACAAAGAAGCAAAAUAAAGAAAAAGAAAAAAUAUAUAAAUUUAUUUAGAAGGCCGGGAAAGCGCUUGCUUCUUUUGCAUAAUAUUUACAGUGACAACUACACACUACAGAAGAAUUGCAGUGUCCAAUCUCUGAUUGCACUAAAGACAACGCUUCACGUUGCAAAACGCUCGCGCUUCGUUCAAUUGGCACGAUGUGGGCGCACAAUAUGGCGUUGAUGGUGCGGGGCUUUAGUUAUGAGACGCGUUGGCUGCUCUUGUUGAUUGUGAUGUGCGAUAUGACAAAUGGUGGCGUUCAAGGACCUAUGGAGAGUUACAAUUCACUGGAGGAGCAUUUGCACGCUUUGAGCACAACACAAUAUCCACACACCACUGUUGGCUACGUACAUCCGAAGUGGAUUGAGCCGUACUUUGAUCCGUCGACGCCACGCAAUGUCACCGCAUUAAUGGGCAAAUCGGCGUACUUGAGUUGCCGCGUACGCAAUUUGGGCAACAAAACGGUUUCAUGGAUACGGCAUCGUGACAUACACAUACUCACCGUUGGUGCAUACACGUACACCUCGGAUCAGCGUUUCCAGGCGACACAUCAUCAGGACAGCGACGACUGGACGUUGCAAAUAAAAUGGGCGCAGAAACGUGACGCUGGCAUGUAUGAAUGCCAAAUAUCAACGCAACCGGUGCGCAGCUAUUUUGUGCGACUCAACGUUGUGGUGCCAACAGCGACCAUCCUUGGCGGACCCGACCUUCAUGUCGACAAAGGCAGCACCAUAAAUCUUACAUGCACAGUGAAAUUCAGCCCAGAGCCGCCGGCCUACAUUUUCUGGUAUCAUCACGAGGAGGUCAUCAAUUAUGAUUCGUCACGUGGCGGUGUUUCGGUAAUUACCGAAAAGGGCGAUGUUACUACGUCAUUUCUGCUCAUACAGAAUGCCGACUUGGCCGAUUCGGGGAAAUAUUCCUGUGCGCCAUCGAAUGCAGAUGUGGCCAGCGUACGCGUUCACGUACUAAACGGUGAACAUCCGGAGGCGAUGCAAACCGGCUCAUCCGGCUGUCAGUUCAGUUGGCUAACAAUUUUCCUGCUCGCCGCCGUCGUGCUCGGCUAUCAGCAGCAAAAUUUCGUACAUAAUGCAACGAGCGUUGUCGGCACAACAACAACAACCACAGCAACAAAAACAAUAAUAGCAGCAAAAUCAAAUGCAAGCGAGAGUGUUGUUGCAGCGCACAAAAGCGCAACAACAGCAACAGAAGCAAAAGGCACAGUUAACCGUCAAUUGCCGCACAUAAAGCAAACAAUGGCUGAUGCAACUGUAGCAACAACAAAUACAAUAACACGACAAGCAACAACUGUAAUGCACAAAAGCGAAAUGAUACUGAAAACAACAAAAACAGCAAUAACAGGAACAGAUUUACUAGCUGUAGACAUAUAUGUUGCACUUGCAACAGCACAGAAAGCAAUACCGGAUCAACAAAAUAGCAACGGCACAGCAAAGGAAAAAGCAACAAUAGUUGCUAUAUGCCCGGCAACAACAAUAACAACACGAAACUUGCCUGCAACCAUGGCAACAAGUUCAAGUGUGUCCGUAAAGGACUCGACUAUUUCCAUUACUCCGCCAAAAGCAGCAACAACAAAAGCGACAACAACAAAAAGUUGCUGUAAUACAAUGAAUAUACCCACCAGCUCAAACGCCAAGAGUCACAACGACACAGCCGCCGGCAAUGCAGCCACCCAAUUCCAGCGAACACAAGAAAAUAGUAGAGGCAGUGCCACGCCCACCACCUGCGGCGCUAGUGUGAGAUGCACUAAGCCCAAAAUCGACUGCAAUAAUAUGAUAAACAAAACUGCGUCCAAAAGAGGCAAUGUAAAUUUCGCUCACUUUUGCAACAGUAGCAGCAACAAUAACAACAAUAAAAGUGGCAACAACAGCAGUAGGCACACUUCAGCAGCGACUACGAACAGCACAUGCUCAAAAAGUCAUGUGACAAGCGUAAGCUGCAGCAAUAGCAACAACAACUGCGUAAAUUGCAACAACAACAACGGUAUCAGCCAUCAGACGACGUGCCACUACGGCUACUACGACGUCAGAUGAUGCGUUUAUGUCGGUGGACAGCGGCCCGUGCAUUGAUAACGGUACUACUCGUACUGUUAAAUGGAAAAUUGUCAUUUCAAUGGUAAAAUAGUUCGAUGACAAAAUAAUGGUCGAGCAAAUUGCUUGGCAUAUAUGAGGUUGCAACGCAUAAACACAUAGCCUUCGGCUAGUACCGUAAGAGUGUAUCUGUGUGACUGUAUGUGCGUUUGUGUGUGUAUGUGGUAGCUUGCAACUGUUUUAUCUGCCAGCUACUUAAAAGCAGGCUUAGCACCGAUGCCAUAUUCAAUGAAGCGUUUCAUUUUUGGCUACGGAUUUUUAACAGGAAUUUUUAUUUUGAUUUCGAAGCAUGGAAAUUACACAAAAAAAAAACUCAAAAUAUGAAAAAAUAAUAAUUACAAAUUUCAUACCAACUUGACGCGGUUGCUGGUAUGCACGGGUGCGCACACACAUGAAAGUGUACAUGUGAACUGUUAGUUAAUAAAAUGCUUGAGUUGUAAGUGAAAAAUUAAUAUAAUUACAAAUAUAUAAGAAUUUAGUAAAAUAACAAUGAUAAAAUAAUAUAAACUAAAUAGUUAAGUAAACAUUAUAUUAUAGUAUAGCUAAUAAUAUGGGCGUUAAAAAUGCAAAAAAUGGUGACCUUUUGUGAAUUUUGUUUUAAAUUUAUUUACAUGCCAAAAUUUUUUAAAUUUUUGUAUUAAGUGGCACGCAUAGUGGGAAUUUAAAAACAAAAACUAUUUUUUACAUAUAUCGAUAGGUUAUACCUUUACAAAUAAUGUACACAAAUAUUAGCCGCUCAGUUCAAUCAGCUUCAUCAGUUUAUCUUUAAACGUUUUUCUCAAAACUACAAUUUUCAAAUUUUUUGAGUGAUUACUCAGAUAUAAAUGAGCCGACCGCAACCAAAUAUUUUCAGCAUAUUCUGUACAUACAAUAGUUCUACAUACCUUGAUGUGCCAGUUUUUCGAUCAAAAAAAGGUCAAGGAAAAACCAACUGUAGGUCAUUGAAUGGACAACAUUUUCUAGUACUUUUUUUUGAAGUUUUCUUCACAGAAAAUGCUCGAAUCACUGCAAUAGUGGAGGCCUUCCUUUUGACCGCUGUCUGUUUUUCCUUCAAAAUUUUUUCUGUGUACGAGGUGUGUUCAGAAAAUAACGGGUGUUUUAAAAUUUUCGCGGAAUUCUGGCCAAAAACAAUACAGUAACGACGACCCAACCUCCAUAUUCGUCAGACAUGCCUCUAUGUACUUUUUCCAAUUUCCAAAAAUAAAGAAAACCUUAAAGGGCCGUCAUUUUACAAGAUACAUGAAAAUUGCUGAAACAGCUAAAGGCUAUCCCAAAAAUCGAGUUUUUGAAGUGUGUCGAAGAUUGGAAAAUGCGCUGGCGAAUGGGGACCGUUACUUUUUGAAUACACCUCGCAUUUUAAAAGGAUUUAUAAAUACACUCUUAAAAAUUUUAAAUCAAUUUAUGAGGUAGUUUUUUUUUUUUUUUUAAUUCCAAAAAAUUGCCGAUUUUUAGGCUGUCACACUAGGUGUUCCUCUCACAAAAAUACAUAUGUAUGGUUAGUAGAUUUUGUCUAAGCACUGUUGCAUAUUUUCAAGGGUCUGAGCGUAAAAUAAAUAUAUAUAACUCAAUAAGUUAUGUGAAAUAUAGUAAAUAGUAUAUGUCCCGUUCAAAACCGUUACCAACUUAAGCUAGUUAAAAAUUACAACAAAUUUCCAUACAAAUGGAUAGCAUUAAGUUCCGUCAGCGUGUUACUUUGCGACCUCUAUUUAACGUUUGUGCUACCUUUGAAGCAAAUAUUUCAAUUUAGGCAUCUGGAAAAAUGAUCGGGAGCCGAUUGAUGAUGAUUUUGAUGAGCAAUGCAGCUUUUGUCUCUUUUCCGACGACAAACAUUACUAUUUCUACACCUCUUUUACAAAAACAAAGCGAUCUUCACGAAGGAAUCGAUCGUUGUACACCAAUCACUUAACAAACCUUGUUGACUAGAUCCAAGGAAGUUUCUGUGGAUCUGUACUAUUUCUUCAAUGAUACCGUAAUUAUCACUUCACUUUCUUAUUAUUAUACAAAGGUUCCCAGUCGAACACCCAUGGUACUCAUGUACUUGCAUUAACAAAAAAGUAAACUUCUCAACAGAAACUCCGCUCGCUACAGUAACUCCUUUAAAAGUACAAAAUUUCAGAAAAUAAUUAUCAUAAAAUUCUAUACACAGGUCUGCCUGUAUAUACGCGAAUCAGUCCUUUUCUCCUGCUGCUUCUUUACCAGAACCGUUGAUAUCGGACCGCUAUAGGAUGUAGCUGGCAUACAAACUGAUGGUUUCGAAUCAAGAUAAAGAUCCCCAUAAAAUAUCGGGCUACAAAAGGAAAUAUUUUCCAUUGAUUGGACAGUUGGCCGGUACCGUUUUCAGAUUUAGUUAUACAUAUAUAUGCUAUUAAAAAUGCGCCUGUGAAGGGUUCAGUUUUAUAUAACCCUAUACGAAAUUUUUUUAUAUAGUUUAAGAGCUAUAAAUAUAAUCUCUACCAUCCGCUUUUUUAAUUCUUCUAUAUUUCUUCAGCUAAAGUAUGAAAUUUGCUACAGUGCAGUAUGCAGUAAUAUUUUCUCUUACCCAAAAGUUAAAUCAGCAACUGGUUUAUAACACAGUAUAUAUCAGACAUCUAUAACAAUUAUUCUAGGAUGACUCAAUGAAGAGAGACUGAACUUUAAAGUAAGUAUAUCAAGCAAUUCGGGAAAGGAAAAGAUCAAACUUAUUGAACAGAAGAUUUAUGUGGAAUUUAGAACAGGCUUUCUGGAGAAAUUAUAUCAGAGAAUUCAAAUAUGCAAGCUAAUCUAAUAGAAAUAUUUUCAUAAAGCUAACAUAUUUUUAGAACUCGUAGAAAAAUAGAAAGCUGCAGCUAUGACACAUUAUCAAAGAGAAAUUUUUCUCAAAUAUAUAGACUAGUUCGAAGCUUGCUGUAAAGGUGUGGCAAAUAAGUGUUGAAACUUUCAAACCUUAGCAAUUCAAAUUUUGCUACUCUCCAACUUGCUCAAACAAAUUCAAUGCUUUUAAACUAUUGCGGAGAAAUUUGCGUAAAAUUGAAUAGCCGCAAGCAGCCGAAGGUGAAUCUGUAAACACUGUUUGCUAAUAAUCACUUAGAAAUGUGUACAAAUCUUCUGAUAAAUUGAUUAUUUGCAAAUAGGACAAUCUUUGCACACACACACAAGUAAUGAAUAAAGUACAUACUUAUAUUUUCAAUUUUGGAAUUGCCACUUGCUCAAUAGCCUUCAAGACGCUAGCAUAAACAAAUAUCUUGCUGUGUUGCAACACCAAUUUACAUUUAAAAUUAAUGAAUUUUCAUAAAAUCAACUUCAUCAAACUAGUUGUAUACAUAUAUACAAGUAUAAUACAUAUAACUGUAAUUUGCAAUAAUAUUUACGAAAAGCAAACCAGAUUCUUGCGUUGAUUUAUUAAAUUCCAAUUCAAAUCUGCCAAUAAUAUUUAUGUAAGCAUAAAAUAGUAAAAUAUUUAAAUAUGCCAAAUCUCUGAAAUCUCCAAAAUCUCCUUAAUAGUCAAUGCAAUUAUGUUGCACAUUAUGUGGCAUUAGAAUUUGCAUUAAAAUCAAUAUACCACAUGAGAAUUUCGGAUAAUUCGAAAAACGAAAUAUGGAAUAAUUAAACAGACUGUGUUGAAUGGGCUGACGUAACCUCAAUUUGUGAAUUUAGGGUUACCCAUGCAAGCAUGUGCUUUUACAUAUGUAUACAUAUAAUAUAUAUAUGUAUGUAUAUCUACCGAAAUCACAUUAUUUGAUGCCUUCAGUGGCCUUUAUUGCAUCAAAUAAAUUUAUCUAGCACAAAUCUCCCCAUGGAAUCAUUUAACAAUAACUGAUGCACUUCAGAUAUCAGGUCAGAAUUUAUCGAUGAGCAACAUUGCUUAAAUAUUUAUAUUCAUACACAAUUGUAACUAAAUUUGAUUAGUUGAUCUCAAAAUAAGAUAAACUUGAAGUGAAUUAUUAAAUACGAAGAUAUGAAGGGUCUCAGCUCUCUAGUUUUAAUGGCAAUUAAUUAAAUGGCAAUUAACCUUAAAUUUCAAGCUUAUUUUAAGAUUUUUUUAUGAAAAAACAAAAAAUAAUUAAAACAAGAGAAAGUUAACUUCGGCUGCAUGCUUCAACAUUAGAUUGGGCUACACAGAAACUAUGAAACCCUACAGGUGCAUUUUUUAUAGCAGAAAGUGGUAUUAAAAGAUCUUUAACUUGAUUUUGAUAGGUCAGUUUAUAUGGCAGCUAUAUGCUAUAGUGAUCCGAUCUAAACGAUUCCUUUGGAGUUAUCAUACUGUAUAGGACAAUAAUCCAAACCAAAUUUCGUGAAGAUAGGUAUAUCCUUAAAUACAAAAGUUUUCCAUACAAGCACUGUAUUCCUAUCCUUCAGUUGUAUGUCAGCUAUAUGCUAUAGUGGUCCGGUAUCUGCCGUUCCGUCGAAUUAUGUGAUAUGCCAAAUUUCCUGAAUAUUAAAUAAAAAAAAUGCCCAUACAAAAUCCUGAUUUUGAUUGAGCGGUUUGUAUGGCAGCUGUAAGUUUUAGUGGUCCGAUAACGAUUCCGACAAAUUCCUGGAAAGAAAAGAAUGUGUGCUAAAUUUCAGAGCAAUAUCUUAAAAACUGGGAGACCAGUUCACGUAUGUACAGACCUCAGGACGACUCAGCGGAUCACUAAUCCUAUAUAUUUACUUUAUAGGAUCUCCGUUGCUUCCCUCUGGAUAUUACACACUUCUUGGCAAACUAGUAUGCCCUGUUUAGGGAAUAAUUAUUAAAUAUAUAUGUAAGAGGUUAGCUAUAAUUUUUUUAUAUUAAAAUUUGAAACAAAAUGGGAGAGGUGAUGAACUCUAAUUUCGACUUUACAAUAAAAUGAAAAACAGUUUCCAGUUUUAUAUAAAUACAUUCAGCAAAUAAAUAUACAGAGUUUCUUAUAAAAAUGAGAAAACAUUAUUUUAAGGUAACUUUAUUUCAAAGUACCUGUCAACGUUUAAGUCAAUUUAUAAAUAAUUAAGCAAGUUAUGCUAUAGUUUUACGAAAAGAACGCGCUUAGACUUCCAUAAAGGGCACAGCAUGUUUAUGUGGUAGGAAUUAAGCUACAGCCACUACAGCCGCUUAUUUGUGAAAAAUUUUUUUUUUUUGAAAAUUCUAAAAAUAUUUUUUGCCUAAAUGGUUACUAAACUAUCACUGUUCCACCUACCGUGUCUUCUAAAACAAUUUAAUUGUCACGAUUUAAAACAUUAUUUUUUAUAUUAAAGAAUCCAAAAAUGAUGUUAUAAAUUUUAUAUUUAAUUAGUAAUUUUCGUAAAGCCCAUUAAUAUAUGAAAUAAAGCAUUUCAUAAAAUUCAAUUCUCAUCCGCCAAGUAGAAAUAAAAAGUGGCAAAUAAUGUGGUCAAGAAAUGGCAAUUUCACAUUUGCAUUGUUAUUUAAACAAAAAUGGUUAUUCAAUAAAAAUAUUUACCAAAUUUAUAAUAUAUAGCUACAAUAACAUAACAACCGAGUAUAAAGCGCAUUAUACGAAGACAAACAAUGACAUUUUCAUAUUCAUGCAACACAUUUGGACAAUAGCGCCAUCCCAGUAGGAAAAUCGAGAGAGUCAGAACGUAUGUCAAACUAAUAAGGGUCCAUUGGAAAUGUUGAUAUGAUAACUUGAAAAUUAGUGCAUACUAAACAGCUACUUGCUUACAAAUCUUCUAUUACGAGAAAAGUCAUCUGAGUGGUGUAAAGCCUGCAAUGGAGAUUAUGAGAUUAUAAAGCUUUACCUGAAGCAUUGGGCGCUGACCUUUGUUAACAUUAAAUUUGGCUCCCUGUGACUGUUUCUUACUCCUGAAGCUUAAAUUACGUCUUGGAAAACACAAGGUGGCUACAAAAAAACAACAUAAACUCAAAAAUUCACAACCUCAUAGACAUUACCUACAAGUGGAAUUAUCAAAAUAUAUGGAAAUAUUUUUUUUAAAUAAUAAAGGUUUGAAUUUUGAAGACCUCAAAGAAAAUUUGGAACAGUUGACAUUUCUAAGUGUUUCUUAAUUAGAUAGGUCAUUCACCAAUUAGCUCUGAAUUAAAAUUUUGCUAUUUUAAAAGUGUAGAUGAAAUUAAUAUGAAAUCUUUUGAUAUAACCUCUUCAAGCAUACUACACUGAAGUAAAUUUAUAUUGACAAAUAAAUUACACGCUGACUAGGUUUACAACACAAUAUCGGCCUACGAUUCACGACUUGUCUGAUAUACUUAAGUUAAGCUCCAUUGCCAAGUUUGUAUUUGGAAGCAACAACAAUUUAAACAAGUGAAUUCGAUAGAAAAUAGUAUCUAUAAACCAUAUUAACAAGGUAGAGCCGCUUGCUCUCCUAUCUCUCUUGGGUUAUGCCAGUAUCUUCAAUGUAUACCAGUUUUUUGUUCGAUUCAAUACUCUCUAAGGUUUAAAGUAUCGGAUACAACUAAUCUAAUGUACUUUUUUUCUUUUAAUAAUUUAUUAUCGAAGACGAACCGUUAAAAAUAUGAUUAAAAGUGAGGCCGUAGAAUAUUUCUGACAACACAAAAGUAUUACAGUAUGUGUCCAUACUUAUUCUAGACUCUAACUCAAAGUUAAUGGUUUGGACAAUUUACUUCAUUCGUCUACAUAUGAGAUGAACAUAUUAUCAGCAAUUUCCAAAAGCACUCGAAGUCCCAUUAUUAAGCAAGAAUUUCAUACAUUGGGCGUAAUUCUCAUUUACGCGCAUAUCGUAAGUGAGCUUGAUGAUACGAUUAACGUCAGCGGCUAAAGUUUCAUGUCAACGCAAAUCGUUUUUUGCUUUCUACUCAGAUCUGUACGUGGUAAGUUGUCCAUAUCAGCCGAUAGAAUAAAAGUUGUGAAUACACAAUGUGAAGUUAUGAUUUCCUAUUACAAAAGUGAAGCGAUUUGAACUCCAAUAUAGAUGCCACUUCAAAGGGGAAAAGCUGAAUAUAUGCGAGCACAUAAAUUAUUACUGAUCUAUAAAACUCAAACGCUUGUAUGGAAGACUUUUUUAGUUGACAAGGUAUCUUAACAAAAUUAAAACAAGAUUUGGCAUAGACUAUAACAAAACUGCGCUACAAUCGUCAAACAAAUUGUUAAGAUCGCACAACUAUAGCGUAUAGCUGCCAUACAAACUGACCGAUCAAAAUGUAUAUACCAUAAAAACAUUUAUGCUAUAAGAAAUUUGCCUGUGUAUAAUACCCAUAGUUUCAGUGAAGUCGAAGUUAGCGUCUUUUUUUUGUUUUAUUUUUAAAAGAUCUUCAGCUUAAAAUAAAAUUUUCGACCGUGUCUAACCUCAAUUCUAUGGAAACAAUUAUCUGCGCAUUUGAAACCUCAGCUCACCGACACGUGAAUUCGUUUUUUUCCUGCCCACCAUCUGAUAUUUUUAAAUAUAUUUGCGUUUUCACAACAACAAAAAAUUGCAAAACAAUAAUUUAUAACUUACAAUAAAAUUGAAAAAUAAUAAAUGUGUUUUAAGCCACAUUUGAAUAAUGAUAAACGCCGCUGAUACGUGAAAAAAAAUAAACAAAAGCAUGAUGUAAACGAUUUUUUAUUAUUUAAUUGUUUACAUUUUUCUUCACACUUAUAUUGUAUACCUAUAUAUACAUAUAUAUUAAUAUGUGUUAUGAACAAAUAUUGCAAUUGACGAAAAAACAGCAUGAGAAUGCAAUAAAUUUUUUCAUUAUUGCAUCUGUGCUGAAAAAUGAGUUAAAAUUUUGCAAAACAUUUAAGCACAUUUGCAUACGCACAUUUCAAUCAGCGGUGCUUUUAAAUUUAUUAAACGCCACCGCAAAUGCAACAAAUUACAGUACUCAGAACAGUUGAGCGGUUGCCAACAAAGGGACAUAUAUGCGUGACAUAACCGCAACACAAAACAAUAAAAAUGCAUUACAAGGCAUACAUCAACUUGUUUGUGUGUGUAUUAACAAAAGCGUUAACAAUAGCAAAACAAAAUUGCAAUAAAAUGAAGACUUUUUCAAUUUGGCGAUUGUGCAGCGCGGCGUCACGGUGUACGCCUGGGCGAUUUGACAUGGUUGUGCGCUUGUGUGUUUGUUGACGUGUGUGCAUGUGACACGCCCACCACAUGUUAAACGCAAAAUUAAAUGUACUGAACGGCGACAAUGAUUUUACACUGAUUAAAUCAGUUUUUUUUGCAGCAUUAAUAUAAGCAAGUUUAAUUUUGAUUAAAUUUUCAAAAUAAAUCAGAUUGAUGUACAGUGGGUAGGAAACGAUAAAUAACUAGGUAAUAUGUUGUUUUUGAUUUUUCUUUAAUCAUUUAAUUUUUGGUUUUUUUAUAAAAAUAUUUAAUGCAGUAGUUUUAAAAUUGCUCCACAAGGCUACACAGUGGUCAAAAGGACAUAAAGAAGCUUAAAAAAAGAUUCAGGUCCGAUAAAACUAGAAAAAGGAAUGUAGUUAACAAUGCGUGAGUUUUAAAAAAGUUCAGUAACAAAAUUAGCUUUCAAAACUAGUAUAAUACUAGUAAUAUUUCAUAUUUUUAUUUAUUUUUUCUCAAUUUUCAUAAGUAAAUGUCUGCAUAGCACUAAACUAUUUUAUUAAGGGCCUAAUGUGAAAUUAAAAAAUAUAUAUUUUGUUUUUAUUAUUCGAUAGGAUUUACCUAUAAAAAUAACAUACCAAAACUUCAAAUGAAUAUCUCAAAUAUUGUUUUUUUUUUGUGUUGCAGUCUUCUGAAGUGUAGUCGCUUAGUUUAAUCAGCUCAAUCAGUUUAUCUUUAAACGCAUCUUUCUCGAAGUUUAAUUUAUCAAAUUUGCUUAAGUGAUUACUCGGAGAGAAAUGAUUCGACCACUAUGAAUUUUCUAUGCAUGUUCCAUAUAGAGUUCUCCAUACAAUAUCGAGGAUUUUUUUGAUGUGAUCUAAUCGGCAAUCCGAAAUGACAAAAUUUUUUCUGUUGAAAUUCAACUUUUUUCUAAACCCCGCCAUUUUGUAUUUUUUUGAUUUUUUCAACUGUAAGUCAUUGUACGGACAAUAACUUCUAGAGAGAAUUUUUAAGUUUCAUCUAAGUAGAAGGCUGGAAUUAAUGUAGCAGUGGAGGACCUUUUUUAUAGCGCCGUCGGAGAUCGUUAAUUUUUUCUUCAAAAAUUUUACUUUGUUAAAUAUAUAUAUUAAAUACACUAUUAAAAUUUAGAACUAAACAUAUUUACGUCUACUUUCGAAGUAAAAUAAUACAUUUUUGUAAUUCUUCAGGUUUAAGUGAACAAGACAUUUUUUAAGGUUACUAGCUGGAACUUUCAUAAAUCAACUUCAUAAAGUAUUGGAUGCUUUAGAACUGCUACCACUUUGUUUUUGAACUGCUAGAGCACAAAUAUAAUAUAUAAUUCGGUGUGUUUUAUUACGUUUUUUUUUUUUAAUGGAAAUGUUAUUUUAAAGGAUUAAAUUAAUUUAUUAAGACCAAGUCUAUAACACAUUUUUAUAUUUUUUUUUUGUCUUUUGUUUGUUUAUAUUUUAGUUAAACUGCUCUCAUAGCGUUCUUAAUGGAAGUUUCACAAUACAAAUUUUAGCUUCUUCUUUAUUUCUUUCCUUUCUUUUACGUGAAGCUAGAGUUCUGUCUUAACUAUAUAAUUUUGUAAACUGUCACGAUACUUAUAUAUAUAAAUAUCUCUAAGAGUUGCAUUUGGAAUUUUUAAAAAAAUUUAAAAAAAUUAAUAUUUAAUUUUUUCAUGGAACCACAGCUAAACCACAUACAAAUCAUUUGAAAACGCUAUGAAAUAUUAAAAAUAAAUCGAAAAAAUGGAGAACUUCUUAUGUAGUCUAACCGACUGUGCGUUAUUAAACAGAUGAAGCGCAAGCAAAAGUCAUUUAGCUAUAAUCAAGAUAGGUCACAUGUAAAUAAUUAGAUUAAAAGCCAACUUGACAGCAAUGAUAGAGAAACAAAUUACACAAAUUCAUUGUAUAAAAAUAUGAAAUAAAACGCAAAGGACACAAAAAUAAACAAAAUUUGAUAUAGAUAUAUUGUAAAAAAAUAUUAAAAAUAAAUAAAUAGACAUUUGUAUUUCCAUAGCUAAGCGUAGUUAAAGUUAAAAUAUAACAAAAAUUUUAAAUUACAGUUAUGAUUGGAUAUGACGCAAAAACGAAUUAAAGUUAAGUCAAUAAAAACAAACAGAAAAAAGAUUAUUAAGUAAUAGCAAUUAUUUCCAGAAAAACUUGCUGCAUAGAAAUAAUGCAUGCAUACAUAUGUACAUAUAUACAAUAUAUAUUGUAUGUAUGUGAUAAGAGUAAAAAAUUACUAAGCAAGCAAUUAAAAUAAAAUAAUAGAGCUAAAAAUAAUAAAAAAAAAAUUAUAUAAUCAAAUAUUACAAACAAUUUGUAUAUAAAACACACAAGUUAAAGCAAAUAUAUCAAAUAAUAAGCAGAGAAUUUGUAAUAAAAAUUAAUAUAUGUAUUCAUUAUAUAUAUAUUUUUUUUGAAUUUGUGUGAAACACUGACACAUAUAAAAAUAUUAAGUAAAUAAAUACAUAUUUGUACAUAUAUAUGUGUGUUCCACAGCGUUGGAAGGCCACUGCAAUUGAGAACCAACAAAAAAUAAACAGCAACAAUAAGUAAUUAUAUAAACCGCAAACUAAAUACAUAAAUAUCUGUGUUUGUAAUUGCGAUAAAUAGCACGACACACAACGUAAUUACAAUAGAAAAAUUAUUAAUUUAAUUUUCCAGCCGUAAUUCUAAGUGCUUAAAACGUUUACAAAAUCUAAUUUAUGUAUAAUUCAAUUGUUUAAUAGGAAUUUGUACGAUUUGAGAACACUUUGCGCCCACCUAUAACGCUCGCAAAGACACAACUAUGUACAUACAUACAUAAAUUAUAAAUAGAGGUAUAUAUAAAUAUAUAUAUAUAAUAUAUAGAUCAUAUAAAGUUACGUGAGAAAAAAAUACCCUACAUGUAAUGGCAUGAUAUAAACUCCCGUUAUAUCAAACUAAAACAAAUGUCACUUGAUUUUUAUCACUUACACGCAUACAAACAAACAUUCACAAUUCUGAUUUCAUUGUAGCCAUUUCCACUCAGCUCCAUUAACGCAUUCCGAAUUUUCCUUUUCCCCUCGCUCCACCCAACCAUAAUCAGUCGCUAGUAGUCAUAUUUUAUGCAAAUCGCUGCUUUGAAUUUAAGCAGUAUUGUACAGUUAGUUAAUAAAUAAGGCAUUAAACCGCAUUGAGGUUAUGUGUACACUCACACAUGCAUACCUUACAUACAUACAAAUAAUAAGUAUGUAAUUGAAUUUUAAUAUGUUUAAAUUGUAUUUAGAUUAGUAUUGGCAAUAUUUCAUUUGUUAUUUAAUAAAAAAACAGAGAAAUGAAAUUGAAAAUUAAUAUUAAUA